AUGUUUGUUUUGUCCAAGAACAAAUUGGCAAAAAUUGCUGAGGUUAUGAGCUGUUGUGAUUCGAAAUGUUUGCCUGCCGGUUCUCUUUGCCGUAAUGGUAAUGGAAUCGUCAAGAUACAGAAAUGCGGUAUUUUGGCAAAAUAUCUGAGUUCUACUCAGAAUCUUGAGGGUAAUCAUCCAAUAAUGGUCGUUGCUGAGAGUGAAUUUAUGAGGGCUAAUAUCCCUUCUGACGUCUCAGGACAGACUUAUGUUGUCUUUUAUGCUGAGAUGAAGGUCAUUCCGGACACCGAUGAGAACAUUGAUUGUAAAGCAGAAAUUGGUCUCUACAAAGAUGCCAAUUGCUUCUUCCGCGUUAGUAGUGAUGGUCACUAUUACACUGCUACUACCAAGCGAAUGUUUAGCGAGCCUCUUACUGGCAGUGUUGUUUUUGGAGUUGGUCAGAUCUUUCCUCCACGCAACAAGCCGAAUGCACCGACACAAAUAUUCUUUACAAUGAAUGGGAAACAAAUCGACAAGACAAUUCUGAUGUCAGAAGAUGUUGAUCUUCUUCCACACAUCAUUGUUAAGAAUUGCGAUGCAGAGGUCAACUUUGGCAUGGAUGACAACAAGCCUUUCACUUACGACAUUGGAAAGCACGAAGCUGCUUAUGAGAAUCAAUGGAAUUGA